GGCUGAAUACUAGUACAGCACUGCAUGAUUUUUUAAACAUGAUAAAUUGCCAUUUACAGUCAGGCUUCAGGAGGAGUCUGUUUGAGAACCCAAAGUGGCUACCAUGAACACUGCGGCGCUUCAGCGUCCGGAGGCUCCGAGCUCUUUGUGAUGGUACCAGGGAAGAGGAAGACUCCGUUUGGGAUGAUCGUGGUCUCCUACAGCCACAUCAUCAGGGCGUCCAUAAGAUCCCGGGCAGAACAGAAGAAGUUCAUGGAGACCUGCCUGCCCCACCUGCUCACUCUGAUGAACUUCAUUCUUUCCCAUCUUUUUGAUGUCAUGUACGCACGCUAUGGCUCCAGCAGCAGCCUUCUGCCCCUCCGUAACGUGCUCUCUAUAGAGUACCUCGUCGUUCCUCCCCUGCUGAACCCCCUCAUUUACGGCCUCAAGCUGAAGCAGAUUCGUCGCAGUGUCUGGAGGCUGCUGUACAGAAAAGUCAGUGUGCUGACAUAGAUCUCUCGUUAACUGUUACGGAAACUAUGAAAGUGGAUCAACAUUUUGUCUGACUGUUGGUGUUUCUCUUCUCUGUGACAUUAUUAGAAUCAUAUUUACAUACCAUGCCUGUAAGGUAGUGA